GAGAUCAAAGCUGUGUAAAGGAAAUAACAGUAACCAUGGCUCCAACAUUGGUAAGUAAAGUCCAGUCCUAAUGUUGAUUGUGUCCACAGUAUCUAUGUAGUCUACCUGUUUGUUUUGGAAAUAUUUAAAUAUUGUUUGUAAAAGGCUGAGUUUGCAUGAGUUAUGACUGAAUAACUUUUGAUAGUUUUGUUCCCUGAUCUGAGCACAUUCCCUUUCAGAACUGCAUAUGUGGCAGUUGCAUACUUCAACAAGAGGGUGUCUAGCAACACCCCUGUAUUUGUAACCAUGGCAAUACACACAUUGCUAAAUCAUACUUAAUGGUUGUAUUAUUUUUUCCUUUGACAGUACGAUGAGAAGCCGGAGCCAGGGGAUCUGAUAGAGAUAUUCAGAGGGACAUACCAGCACUGGGCGUUGUACGUUGGUGACGGUUUUGUCAUUCACCUGGCCCCACCCUGUGAGUAAUAAUCUUGAUAUAGUGCACUCAACAAUUGAUAUACAGUGGCCUAUAUAGAGUACAUACAAUAUGAGUUAUAAAAAACUCAAUUUUGGCACUGAUGAUGUCUUGUCUGUCCACCCCCCUCCCAUGUCUCUUUGCUCCCCAGCCGAGGCACCAGGGGCCAGGGCCAACAGCAUGAUGUCUGUGCUCAGUGACAAGGCUCAGGUGAAGAAGGAAGAGAUCUGGGACGUGGUGGGGCAUGAUGAGUGGCGUGUCAACAACCAGCUGGAUCAGAAGUACAAGGUCAGUACCAGUAAGUACAGUAUGGCUGCGUUCCAAAUGACACCCCAUGGGGCUCUGGUCAAAAGUAGUGAACUAUAUAGAGAAUAAGGUGCAUUUGGGACGCAGUCUGUGUGAUCCUGUGUGGCUCAAUUGAUAGAGCAUGGUGCUUGCAAUGCCAGGAUAGUGUUUUCGAUUCCCGCUGGGGCCACCCUAAUAAAAAUGUAUGCAUGCAAGUUCGCUUAGGAUAAAAGCGUCUGCUAAAUGGCAUGUAUUAUAUUAUUAUUAUUAUUAUUAUUAUUAUUAUAGGUCAGACCCAUCCGUGAGAUUCUGAGGGAUGCCACGGCUUAUGUGGACCAGGAGCUGUCCUACUGUGUCAUCAAGGGGAACUGUGAGCACUUUGUCACAGAUCUGAGAUAUGGGAAGGCUGAGUCUCGACAGGUAGGUACAGUGGACUGGUGCUCAAUGCUAGUUGUACUGUGCUCAGCGUAGAGUAAUCUUGUGAGCCAUACGUGGGUGUAGAGUAACUGGUGUACUUGUUGUUAUACAUUCAAUGCAUCUAUGCUGUGAUACUGUUUCUGAAUCAGUCAUUCAUUCGAGUCAUUCAAAUUAAUGUUUGUAUUUUUCUGCCCAGGUUCGGCAGGCUGUGGGAAUGGCAAUGGUGGGCUUCGGAGUAUUUGCUUUGGCAGGUAUCGCGGCGGCCAUCUUUGGCGGUGGAAGCAAAAAGAAGAAUGAAGAAGAAAAGGAAGAAUAUAUGUGACAACCUGUAUGAUAGCUUCCUGAACAGCCAAUCACCACUAAGCCUAAUAUAGAUGAAUUAUUUAACUACAGUACUACUGCCCUCGUCACUUGUGUAAUUCUGGGUUUUUCCGAAGGGAGGGUUGAGUAUUUCCGUACAUAUUUUUUUAAAACUUUCACAGUUACACAGACAUGAAUUGAAAGCACGUAGGAAACGAGGAAAAGUGUCUCGUUAUAAUUCCAAGGUAUACAGCCUUGAAGGUGCCAUAGCCUUGUAGGCUGCUAGACUAAGCUAGCUGACUUAAAAUAUGUUGUCACUUACUUAGAAGCUAUGAAGUUUCCCUACUAAAGUUUUAACAUAUUUAUGUAGACUAAGAUCUCUUUA